AGUCAACAGAAAAUGAGAAAACAAUGUUAAAUGUAUUAUAGUAUUCUUUUAUAAGAGUAAAAAAUGUCAAAUAACUCAGAAAUAAAUUUGUCAACCGAUGCGAAAAUAAAAUAUUCAAAUGGAAUAGGAAAAAAAGACUCAAAGUUAUAUGAAAUGAUAAAAAAGGAAACAAAUGAUACAUUCAUUAGUUGGUUAAAAAGUAAUGAAGAUAUCAAAUAUUUUGAAUAUUCGAACUUUAGGAAUCUAAAGCCAGUAGGCAAAGGUUCUUAUGGAAGCGUACUACGUGCCAAUAUGAAGAAUGCUGCCGGCUUUUAUGCUUUGAAAUCAUUUAAUAACGACGAGACGACUCUUCAACAAAUUAUCAAUGAGCUAGAUUUAUAUCGGACGAUUGGUCGUCAUGAGAAUAUUUUACAAUUGUUUGGAGUAACAAAAAUAGAAACUGGUAUGGUUUAAAAUAAUCAUUUAUUACUUUAACUUUUAUUUAACAUUUACUUUA